AUGACUGAUUGAAUGUACAAUUAAUGUACAAUGAAUCAAAUUAAAAUUGUGUUAUGUCCUAGUGUGUUAAUUAAACUAAAAAAGUCUCUGAUUUAAUUGAAUAAAUAAUCUGCAAGCGUUUUGAAAUGAAUGUGUAGAACCGGCCGCUCAUACACUGAAAACACCUCAUCAUGAUCAUCACACGCACUUUUGUGUGUGUGAGAUGACAGAGAGCACUCUGAAGUGUGCAGCACAUACAGACUAUGUAUUUAUUAAAUUGAAUCACAGCUUAAUGGGGAUUAGUAAUCACACUGGGCAAUGGAGCAAAAUUCUUAUCUGGAGAUUUAAAUGAUGUCAGAGCAAGAUUUGGUGGAGAUAGUCCAGAUUGCAGUGGCAGAUUUGAAUCAUGAGGGUCACCAAGCAGAUGUCCUGGAGAAUAAUGAAGAAGCUGACCAACCUAUGAGGAAACGAUCAAGGAUGGACAUUAAUCAAGAGACAUCAGUUAAGUCGCUGCUGGUAUCCAUCAGUCAGGCUAUCUGCCAGCGGCUUGACAGUAUGGAGGCUAAGCUGCAGGUUCUAGAGGCCACUUGUCGAGGGUUAGUGGAGAAACUGGACGUAGUGAUGGGGAAGAACCCUGCAACGAUCCAGGUGCCCAUGGUGGCUGGAUCCCCAUUUGGAGCCACUCAGACUUGCGACAAAGUACGCUGUGUUGUUUCCCAGACAAACGUCGUAGUGAGUGGAGAGAAGCAGAAGACACAACGAGAAGAGACGAUUCCACGCACCCCUGACUCUUUAGAGAACUUACUGAGCAAUACUGUUGGACGGGGGAAACAGAAAACCAUUGUGCUAAAGGUUCCAGUCCAGGAAGAGAUUCAGGAGGACCAGGAAAGCGGUUCUGAAAUGAGCGAUUCGGUAUCCAACAGCGGCCAACUGUCAUCUCAGAAUGCCAACAACGUAACGCUCAUUACUCUGAAUUCGGAAGAGGACUACCCAACAGGGACGUGGCUGGGUGACGAAAACAAUCCAGAGAUGCGUGUACGCUGCCCGGUGUCUCCUGCCGACAUGCUGCACAUCAGCACUAACUGUCGCACAGCAGAGAAGAUGGCCCUGACACUGCUCGACUACCUUUUCCACCGCGAAGUGCAAGCCGUCUCCAACCUCUCCGGCCUGGGCAAACACGGCAAGAAACAGCUGGACCCACUCAUGAUCUACGGCAUUCGAUGUCACCUGUUCCACAAGUUCACUAUUACUGAGUCGGACUGGUAUCGCAUCAAGCAAAGCAUCGAUUCCAAGUGUCGCACCGCCUGGCGUCGGAAGCAAAGGGGACAAAGUCUUGCCGUCAAAAGUUUCUCCCGACGGACUCCUGCCUCGCAGAACAGCUCAGAUGGAGUCUCGGCAGCUGAGACGUCGGCUAUCGAGACCUCUACACAGCAGGCCUUGCACUACGCCCUGGCUGGUGCUGCACAACAAGUCCAGAUCCACCGUAUUGGAGAAGACGGGCAGGUGCAAGUUAUCCCACAGGGACACCUUCACAUUGCACAGGUGCCACAGGGUGAACAGGUGCAGAUCACACAGGAUAGCGAGGGCAACCUACAGAUCCACCAAGUGCACGUUGGACAAGACGGACAGGUAAAUGUUCUAAGAGGACCGCAGCUCAUCGCUGUGGCAUCGGCCGAUGGGACCAGCGGAGUUGACGCAUCUCCUCUGCAAGCUAAUGAUAUUCAGGUGCAAUACGUCCAGCUUGGAGCGGUCACCGACCACACCGGCACAGUACAAGCAGAAGCUCUGACUCCAGCGCUGCAGGAGGAGAUUGACGUUAAGGAAGCCAUUCAGCUCCAACAAAGUGAGAACGGAGAGUUGGUCCAGAUCCAGGUGCCCGUCAACACCGUCGGCACAUGAGAUGCUCACGCAAGCGUAAACACAAAUAUUCAGCGAGAACAUGGAGCGGGUGUAACCAAGGAGAGUGGGUGCUCAAGCUCUCUAAUUCUCAAACAAAAACCAUCAUCUUCAGACAACAAUUAUUGGUGAAAUCCAAGUAAAACAAAGGCAUUUUUUUUUAUGUGUCAGCUCUUUUGGAAACUACUGGUAGUCCCCCACCAAUAACAGUAAUAGCAUCCAAUCUGCUUAGUAACAUAUAAGCAAUGUUGGCUUCAAUGCUGGCUCAUCAAAUCUCUUUGGCUCUUGUCACAGUGCAGAACAACACGGAAAAAUACCUUUUCCUCUUUGGUCCAUCUUUGCAGUACCUCUUAAGCAAACUGAUCAUGUAAUACCCAAUUUACAUAAACUGUCCAUGUCAUAUAUUUAGUACAUGUGCAUCACUCUUACUUUUGUCUCCAUACGAACCAGCACCAUUGUAAGAUAUGCGUUGAUUCAUAACCCUAGAUUUUACAGUUCUCCUUUUUUGAUGUUUUGUGUGUGUGUGUGUGUGUGUGUGUGUUGAUGGGGCAAUUGGGGAAUAUUUAAGAAUAUCCCUUCUCUCUCAUCAGUAUUCGAUUUGUUUUCGGAAUGGUUAGCCCAUAUAAUGUUUGUUUCACAUUCGUUUAUUGUACAAAAAAACUACUGAAAAUUUUGUGGAGCUUUUGUAGAGCAGUUUACUAAAACACAACAAAAAUGUGAUAAUGUAGUAUAUGAAUUAUGUACUUUUUCAUAUAUAUAUAUAUAUAUAUAUAUAUAUAUAUAUAUAUAUGUAUAAAACAUAUAAGCAUAUGUAUAUAUAUGUGUGUGUGUGUGUGUGUGUGUGUAUGAAGGAUUUGUUCAAAAUGAAUAAAUGACUGCUGUUUCCAUGUAGAGGAUCCUGAGUUGUCUAUGCAACUGUAACAAUAACUGUCAGACCAAAUCUAAUAGGACUAAAGUCCCUUUCAAGGCAAGACAGUCCACUCGGUGGCCAUUUUUGGAAUGCUCCCGUGCAGCUAUUUGUUACCCAUACAAGCAGCAUAAAAGUACAGCUCCUAUCUACUUGUAUGGGGAAAGACCGAAACCUCCAAAAUGGUUGGUCAAGAUUACGAUCAAAGAACAUGUUUCAAAUCAGCAGUGAAGUCUGACAACAAUAGUCUCAUAACCUGUGCUUCUUUAACCCAGAUCACGGCAAAAUUUUUUUAAAAAUGCAUGAGCUUUCUCGAGUUAACUGACAGACGAUGUCUGUUUCUGAAAGGGGAUUGGCUCUUUUACCUUUAAGUUGAGACUUCCAUUUCUACAUCUGCCAUAUUGGGCAUUCCAAAUUCUACUGAUUUUGCACAAGCGCUGUCUCGGGCUCGAUGGUCUCUGGUAGGACCCAGGUUUGGGCAUAUUAUGGGUAUAUUUGGAAUGGCAUUCUAUCUUACUACUCACUAUUUUUGCAGUGUGCAGAUGUAAUGUAUACUGGGGAGAAUAUACAAGUUUUCUUUAUGCAUGUAAAACCAGGAUUACUUACAACAUUUGCCAAAAUCUGCAGUAUACAACCUGAUGAUCCAAAAAUAAGAUGACUAAAAAUAAUAGGUGAACAGACAAAAUAUACAUGAAAUAUGCUUGUUGCUGUAUUCUUGGAGGUAUUGUUUUUGGGGCAAUGAAAAAAUAAUUAUUAUAAAGCAAUGCAUACACUUGAUGAGUCUUUGAUGUGUUAAUAUCAACUUUAAAAAAUAAGUACUCUAUGUCAGGCUUAUUUACAGUGUAAUUUCAAAGGGAUUUCAUAUGCCUUCCUGUACAGAAAUCUGAUAUGGCAGUUAACAUAUAUUUUUAUUUUGUUUGGGCAUAUAUGUACAUAGCCUAUACAAAUCUGAUGAUGAUAAUAAACUGAUUUAGGGAAAACGUUACAUAUAGAAAAACAGCCAUUUUUAGUAUUUUGUUAUGUUGUUGUAUUUAUAAGCAAAAUAUGUCACUUUAUUAUAUUUUUAUGUAGGCCUACUUUUUCGCAUCAUAUGUUGUGAUAAAUCAGAUUUCCGAUUUGUACGGGUUUAACCUGAAAGCUAUUUAAAUGACAACUGGAACUGAAAUAGGGAUUUAUAUUAGACU